AUGCCUCCAAUUUAAAUUUCUUGGAGUAAAAACAAAUCAAACAUAUCAUUAAUUGUAAGGCAUAUGAAAUUAAAUAGUUUUGGUACUUCUGAAUGCCCAAAUGUCUAUGAGUUUAAAUAAUAAUUUAAUUACUCGAAGUUAAAUAUCUAAGAACAUGGUGAAAUCCUGCCUAACCAAACCCUACAAUGGUUUUAACAAAAUAAAGAUGGAAAUGUCUUGAUCCACAGUCAAUUUGGAAUUAAUAGAGCUCCAGCUCUUAUUGCAGCUGUAGUUUAAAAGAUCACUUAAUGCAAUUUAAAUGAAAUUCUACAAACUAUCUCAUUCAAAAAGCCAGACAUUAAGGUUUCAAGUAAGAUCUAGGAAGAAUAGGAACUAAUUUAGUUAGAUCAGUAUUUCUAAUAGAUCUCAGCUCAACUUAAACCUUAAAUCAGAACUUAGAAAGACUGUGCCUUUAAAUGUAUCAAGUGUAGAACUGAUGUAUUUGUGUCAGCAGUUUUGGUUCAUGGAAUAAAGCCUGAAUGCAAUCAUUAUUUCAUUGAAAGACCUCAUUUCAUAGAAGAGUAUGAAUAAGAUGGUAAAAUAUCUUGCUAAAAAUGUAAUUAAAGGGUAGGCGACUUUAAAUAUAUUGGAUCUAAAUGUAAUUGUGGAGAAUACGUAUGUCCUGCUUAUAUGUAUAAUAAAUCGAAAGUAGACAAGAAAAUAAUAUGA